AAGUGUAAUUUAAGCUAUAGUUCUUGCUUUGUAAGUUUUCUUAUGAUUUCUGUUCUCUAAUGUGAACGUUAACUGGAUAUGUAAUAUUGUUUUCGUGUUGGCUUGCAAAGAAAAAGGAUGAGUGUAACGUUUAAGCUCUGGCACUUUAUACCUACCAAGGUGAACAAAUUUAUGGAGUUAUGAUGUAAAACAAUGAUGCCAUGGGAUAUGAAGUGCUCUUACAAAUACAUACUUAAAGACGAGGAAUUAUUUCUUUUCUCUUCAAUGUGAGACGGUUCCCUCAGUGUGCUUCAAUUUGGUAUUGAAAGUAUCCCUAGUUAUAAAACUUAAAAAAGAUAAUUAGCUACAACUUCCUAAUAUACAUUUAUAUAGCAACAGUGUGACAAUGGGAAAGCAACGCAAGACAAAUAAAAGGCGCACUGCUGAAAAGCCGGAAAUCAGGAUAAAAGGCACAGCUAAAACUGACAAAAAGACACCUAAACAAAAUAAUUCAACCACUUCAGUAAACUCUCUGGAAAAAAUAAAAAAGAAAGGCAAUAACGAGAACAGAGCCUCUUACGUGGCUGGCACUGUAGGUGGUAUUGUAGGGGGAACGAUUGCUGGUGCACUUAUUUGGCCAGUUGGGCUUGUCCUCGGUGGACCUGUUGGUGGUAUUAUUAUAGGUGCUGGUGCUGCUGGAUUGUCUGGUGUUGCGAUUCAAGAUAUUUUAUCAAUGCACGAUCAACUACUGCGUUUUCUAGUAAUUUGUUUGGGCGUUUUGAUCAUACCUGUCCUGUUUUACCUAGUUUUCCUAACAGCGACAUUUGAAUAUGUUCAAGAAGAAUUGGCGCCCAGAGGAUUCAUACAUUUGGAAUGAAUAUGUACUAAACAUUUGUUGAAGCUCAGAGCUUCUCGUUAAAUGUGGUGUCAUAACUUUCCGUUUUCCCUUCUUAAAUAAUCUUUGUAUGUAUGGUAAAAUUUAGGCAAAAACAGACCAAGAAUGUAAAUAUAUUAAUAAGGAUAAUCGAAAACUCAGAGGAACACGAUUUUUAUUGUGUGUAUAGUGCUUUUCCCAUUAUCGUAAAGGUAGUAACUUUGUUAAUGAUUUUGUCGUUCAUUAACUUAUCACAUAAGAACACUACCCUACCAUCAUGUAUGAACUGAUCUUUGUUAUCUCUUACCUAUUUUGUGCAUGCCUUUUUCAUGUGUCUUAACUAUCUGUGAAAUAGAAAUGUGGUAAUAUGUGAUAAUAUAAGUGGUAAUAUGAACGUUACCAUUAAUCUCGUAUGCUAUCUUGAUAGAUUUGUGAAAGCGUUUAAAGAUAAUCUUCAAACAAUUUUGAAUUAUAAAAUGCAAAAAGCUAUGUUUGCGCUUACACCUUUUGCCUGAAAACAAAACUGUUCUGUAGAAAAUUAUAAGUAAAUUUCGAAAUUUUAAAAUUAAUUGUUUUAGUUCAGAUAUCAUAGUUUGUUUUAGUCUCAUAAUUGUACAAAUAUUAAAAUACAUACAAACAUAAAGUUCAUAAAAUGUACAAUACCAUUCAUAAUAUUCAUAAUAUUGAAUUAUAAGAGACUAUUAAGUAAAAAAUUAUAAAAAUACGAUAUUACAUAUUCCAGAUAUUUCAACAUUAUAUCUACACAUGAAAAUGUUGAAAGUUUACCUGUUAGAACAGAAACGAAAUAUCUAAAUCGUAUGUCGUUCAGAGGCAUACUAUUAUAUCCCUCGGGAUAUGCUCUCGAGAUAUAGUCUUUUUGCAUCAGAACAACAAACUAUGAAUUUAUUUAACAACAUCACUAAAUGUGAUUAAACAGACAAAAAAUUCAGCCCAAACUGGUCCGAAUCGGCUUUAUCAGUUUACUUUAGCGUGGGUUGGAUAAAAACAAAGGAACACAUGCGUUUUUGCCCAUCACCAUCCCCUACACCACUGUAGUUAGUAAUAUAAGGAGUUACCCAAAUGGGGCAUGUAAAAAACCCAAACGAUUUUGUUGUUGUUGUUGUUGUUGUUGUUUUAUGUCAUACCAGACAUCUAGCUCUUGUAACGAACCAUUUAUAUUUACAUUUCGAACGAGCCAUUUUGAACGACCUCUUCACAAUACUUGCUAUUCGUUAAUCUUAUACAUCUGUUUUCAAUCAUGUUUUAUAUUAAAAUGAUUUAAGGUACAACAUUUAUACAUUAUAUUUACAAUUAUUACUCUUAAAUGAUUAUCUUUGAUGAAUAAACGAAUAAACAAGGUCAUCCUAUGACCAUUCAACAACAACUAUGUGUUGAGUU